UCUAUUGCACCACACGGUUUUUGCCGGUGAAUUUUUCGAAGAUUGAAUGAAAAAAGAUCUUCCUCGAUCGAGGCAAUAUUUACAAUAAAACACUACAAAAUCCCCCUGACCGUGUAGUUUACAAAUUGUUUCGAGUCGCCAUGGUGAAAAAGAAGGACAAGAAGAGCGGUGGAGGUAAAAAAAUGGYUGCUUUGGCCGCAGCAGUCGAAGCAGCAGAGAACGAAAGCGAACAACUCGAAACAAAAAUGGAAGAAAUGAAGGUAGAAAACAAUAAAGARAAGAGAGGAAAAGCCGCGAAAGAAGACAAAAAGACCGAAGAAGAGGAGAAAAAUGAGACGUUUUAUGAUCACGAAGCGGAGAUCAAUCAAACUGCUGAAGAAGGAAACGAUAAUCAAAAUGACGAGAAUAAAAAGCUGAGCCGGAAGGAAUUGAAGAAAAUGAAAAAAAUGGCAAAGUUUGAAUCUGAAUUAGAGCAGCUGGAAUCAUCUCAGUUCUCAGUGUCACAGGUUGAUAAGUUCAGUAUWUCAGCAAGAGGUAAAGAACUGUUUGUCAAUGCCAGUCUCAACAUUACUAAUGGCCGUCGCUAUGGUCUGGUGGGUCCUAAUGGUAUGGGAAAGACAACAUUACUGUCUCAUAUUGCAGAAAGAAAACUUGCAAUACCACCAAACAUCGAUGUCUUACUUUGUGAACAAGAUGUGAAAGCAGAUGACACACCAGCCUUUGAUGCUGUAUUGAAGGCAGACAAGAAAAGACUACAGUUAUUGGAAGAGGAAAAAAGGCUCAUAGAUUUAUCAGAAACUGGAGAUGAAGCAGCAGUGGAAAAACURAAGGAGGUUUAUGCAGAUCUAGAAGCAAUCGGUGCAGCAUCAGCUGAGUCWAGAGCAAGACGAAUCUUAGCUGGUCUUGGUUUUACAACCGAGAUGCAGACAAGACCAGUCAARCACUUCUCUGGAGGAUGGAGGAUGCGUGUCUCCCUUGCGAGAGCUCUGUUUCUGGAACCCACCCUUCUGAUGCUUGAUGAACCUACAAAUCAUUUGGAUCUGAAUGCCGUCAUCUGGCUUGACAAUUAUCUACAGAACUGGAAGAAGACAUUGCUUGUAGUCUCUCACGAUCAGUACUUCUUGGACAGCGUUUGUACUGAUAUUAUUCACUUAGAUAAUCAAAAACUACAAUAUUACAGAGGGAAUUAUGCUCAGUUUAAGAAAAUGUACAAGCAGAAGUUGAAAGAACAAGAAAAGGCUUUCCAUAAGCAGGAAAAACACCUGAAGGAGCUGAAGGCUUCAGGACAAUCCAAGAAACAGGCGGAAGAGAAAACCAAAGCWGUUCAGGGAAGGAAAGGAAAGAAAAGUGGAAAGAAAGGAGACAUGGAAGAGGAUGAUAUUCAAACUGUAGAAUUACUUAAGAAACCUAAGGAGUAUGUUGUCAAGUUCUCCUUUCCCAACCCUCCUCCACUGAAUCCACCAAUUCUUGGUCUCAAAGAUGUGACAUUUGGUUACAAUGGGCAACCUGAUCUGUUUUGUAAGGUAGAUUUUGGUAUUGACAUGUCAACACGAAUUGCUAUUGUUGGUAAUAAUGGUGUCGGAAAGACAACAUUUCUACGGCUCCUAACAGGAAAUCUCACACCGAAAAAAGGUGACCUAAUCAAGAACCAUCGUCUGCGAAUAGGUACCUACAGUCAACACUCUGCAGAUCAACUCAACAUGGAGGAAUCAUCUGUGGAAUAUUUACAGGCAAAGUAUAAUUUGGAUUAUCAAAAUUCAAGGAAACACUUGGGCCGGUUUGGUCUAGCAAGUCACGCCCAUACUAUUAGGAUCAAAGACCUUUCAGGUGGCCAGAAAUCACGCGUUGCGUUUGCAGACAUGGCCCUGAGUAAUCCAGACGUCGUCAUUCUGGACGAACCUACGAAUAACCUUGAUAUAGAAUCCAUUGAUGCUCUUUCUGUGGCCAUCACCGAGUUUACAGGAGGUGUUAUUCUGGUGAGCCAUGAUGCUAGGUUGAUCCUAGAAACUGAGUGUCAACUAUGGGUCGUGGAGGACAAGAAUAUUUCAGAAGUAGACGGCACCUUUGAUGAUUACAGACAAGAAAUCCUCGAAAAACUUGGAGAAGAAAUGGUUUCGAAAUAAAAGAAAAAUGAAUGACGCCCCGAAUAUGGAUAACAUGCGAUGGAAAAUAAACCAAUAAUGGAAUAUGAAAAGGAGUUCACCCGGAGAAAUGGCUGUUGAACAGUCAGAAGAAUAACAUUUUACACACAUAAGAUAAUCAAACCUUGAUAUUCUUGACGAAAACCAAGUAAAUGCGCCACUUUCAGUCUUCUCUCAUUUCUGGUUUUUCCCUCGAUUUCUGCCAUAGUAAUAAAUGCACGACUAUGCUAAACUGAAACCCGUUUAAACUAUUCUUGUCAAAGUCAUUAUAAAUUUAUGCCCAAAUUCUUAUAUGGCUAACCUUUGUUUUCAAACUUCGUUGGAUUUACGUUCACUCAGUCUCACUUUUAUAAGCCACGCUCCGUAAGAAGAAGAAAAAAGAGUAAAAAUCCAAUUGCGCAAUAAAUACUAAAUCAGAGAGAUUC